CGGAGGGAGAAGGAAAUAGAGAUUCUGAGGUGCCUCAAUGCAUCACCAUACCGAGAUCGAAAAGACCGAAACCCUGGUCGGGUCCCCAGGACAUGUGACUGGUUCGUGUCUCAUAAGCUUUUCCGGGACUGGCAGGAGAGUAAGUCAUCGAGAAUGCUUUGGGUGUCUGCAGAUCCCGUAUGCGGAAAGUCGGUUUUGGCAAAAUACCUGGUUGAUUCUAUUCUACCGACAACAGAAUCCAGAACGGUGUGUUACUUCUUCUUCAAGGACGACUUUGAGGACCAGAGAAAUGUGGUUAGCGCUCUCUGCUGUAUCCUACACCAACUUUUCAAGCAGAAACGCAUCCUACUCUCUGAUGCAAUUCUCGAUCACGCCGUAGAGGAUGAGAAUGCCGGCGAAAUCAUCUGUCUUCUCGACGCAAUUGACGAAUGCGAAGAUCAGGGGAGGUCUCAGCUCGCUCGAAAAUUAUGCCAACUUUAUGGCACUAGGAGGGACUUUAAUUUGAAGUUUCUCCUCACGAGCCGACCCUAUGGUGUAAUCCGCCGUGGUUUCCAGCCUCUAGAGAUUCCAGGGCUGCCGGUGAUCCAUUUGAGCGGAGAAAGCGGUGUUGAGAUGGAAAAGAUCUCCCGAGAGAUCAAUGUUUUUAUCAGAGCUAGAGUCCAGGAUAUUGGAGCACGACUGAAGCUUACAUAUGACGAGCAAGACCUCUUAUUACGAGAGCUUAUGCGUGUUCCUAACAGAACGUAUUUAUGGGUACAUCUUACGCUUGACUUGAUCGAGAGCGAUAUCGAUAUCGACAAAACUGGAAUAUUCGAGGCCACUUCCCAGCUCCCCAAAACAGUUGACGAGGCAUACGACAAGAUCCUCUCUAAGAGCCGCGAUUCCGAAAGGGCCCAAAAAUUACUAUACAUCGUUGUGGCGGCAGCACGGCCCCUGACCCUGAGAGAGAUGACCUUGGUGUUAGUUCUUCAAGAAAGUCAUCAGUCCUAUGAUGACCUCAAUCUCAGACCCGAAGACCGUUUCCGAGAGGAUGUACGAGACAUCUGUGGCCUCUUUGUGACAAUCAUUGACUCGAGGAUUUACCUACUUCACCAAACAGCGAAGGAAUUCUUGGUUCAGAAGGAUAUGGUGAAUUCUCCCAAAGACGUGCACAGCAAUCUCAAAUGGAAAAACUCACUAAGACCGCAAGAAUCCCAUCGUAUUCUUGCUGAGAUCUGCAUCUGGCACCUACUCCUCGCAGAAUUUGAAACGCAUCCUCUUUACAGAAACGGACCACCAUCCCAAUACACUGAGGACCAUGUCUUCCUUGACUACUCUGCUAAGCAUUGGGCUGCUCACCUCCGCGAGUUGCAAAUUGGGAUACAAGAUGCAAUUACCCCAUCAAUAUUGAGAAUCUGUGAUGUAAGUUCACAGCGUUGCCUGACUUGGUUCAGAAUCUAUUGGACAAGUACAAACACUGAGCUCCCCCAGGGGUUCACCACCCUUAUGGUUGUAUCCUAUUUCGGACUGAGCACAGCAGUGAAGCAUCUGCUUAAGAUGGAUGGCAUCGACCUGGAUUCUCGGGAUGAUACAUACCAGCGAUCAGCGCUAUCAUGGGCUGCAGGAAAUGGCUUUGACACCGUGGUCAAGCUAUUGAUCAAACGCGCCUAUACCGGGCUAAACUUCAACCUAUUCCUCAACCUACUGUUAGGGAAGGGGGCCGAAGUCGACUCAGUCGAUACAUAUGGUCGAACGCCAUUAUCAUAUGCUGUGUGGAAUGGGAACAUAGCUGCGGUCAAGCUGCUAAUUAAGGCGGGGGCCCGGGCGGGCCUAAAGGAUGAAAUUGGAGGAACACCAUUAUCUUAUGCCUUCUCUAGUGGACAAAAGGAGUUGAUUAAGCUACUGGCCAAAGGAGAUUCUCAAAUUGAUUUAGAGGACAAUAUUAGUAAGGAGCUAUUGUUCCCCGCUGCGAAGAAGGGCCAUGAGGCAGUUGUUAGGUUGCUGCUCGAGAGGAGUAGAGUCGACCCUGACACGAAUGAUAACUACGGUCGGACGCCGCUGUCGUGGGCCGCCGAGAAUGGGCACGAGGCUAUCGUUAAGCUAUUGCUUGAUACGGGU